AUGGUGAAACAUGAAAACCAUCAAAACACAAAACACAAUACCACCCAUUAAAAGAAAAUACCAUAUGACAAAAACGACAAGAUAAAUAGUAAUUAUGGUCUUUUCAUAUAAAAAGCAAAACGAUCAUCAUUUGGUGGCGGUAUUUGUCAAAUCGAUGCGAAACUGAGAGGAAAUUAACCAAGGACAAAAGGAUGUUUAUCAAACCGACCUAUCCCGCUUUCACAAGCAGACACCAAUAUAUAUCGGAGAAAUAAUUAAACUCUCUGUUCAAGUUUGAAACGCAAUUACACAAUAUGGAGAGGAAAGUAGCCAUUGUCGGAGCUGGUACUAGUGGCCUCCUUGCCUGCAAAUACGCUCUCUCAAGAGGUUUCAAACCAAUUGUUUUCGAAUCCCGAGGCGGCAUCGGAGGAGUAUGGAUCAAAACUGUGGAGACCACCAAGCUCCAGACUCCAAAACCAGUCUAUCAGUUCUCAGAUUUUCCAUGGCCAGCUUCAGUGACCGAGGAUUUUCCUAACCAACAUCAAGUUUUCGAUUACAUCGAAUCGUAUGCGCGCCAUUUCGAUUUGCUCAAGCAUAUCAAGUUCAAUACCAAAGUGUUAGGGAUAGAGUAUGAAGGACCUUCUGAGGAAGAGAUGCAAUGUUGGAGUCUUUGGGGUGGCAAUGGAGAGCCUUUCAGCUCUAAUGGAAAGUGGAGAAUCCAAGUACAAGACACCCAGCUUACUUCAACUGAUGAUCAGGUGUACCAUGUGGACUUUGUGAUCCUAUGCAUUGGUCGAUUUAGUGACGUACCAAAUAUUCCAGAAUUCCCUCAAAACAAAGGCCCUCAAGCAUUUCAUGCCAAAGUCAUUCAUUCCAUGGAUUACUCUGCCAUGGAUUACAAAAGUGCUGCUGAAUUUGUCAAAGGCAAGCAAGUCACUGUUGUUGGUUUUCAGAAAUCCGCACUGGACAUUGCAAUGGAAUGCUCCAAUGCAAAUGGGGUUGAGAAACCAUGCACAGUUAUAUACAAGACUGAACAUUGGAAUGUUCCAGAUUACCUUCCAUGGGGUUUCCCUCUGGCUUUUCUUUAUCUGAAUCGCUUUUCAGAACUACUAGUUCAUAAGCCUGGUGAAGGCAUUCUUCUUAGCCUCCUCGCAACCAUGCUUUCACCCUUGAGAUGGGCAAUUUCGAAAUUUGUGGAAAGCCACAUAAAGAAGAAGCUGCGGUUGGCCAAGUAUGGAAUGGUACCGAAGCAUAGUUUUCUUCAAGAAAUAAGUUCUUGUUUGAUAUCAACUAUGCCUGAGAAAUUCUACGACAGAGUCGAAGAAGGAAGCAUCGUUUUGAAAAAAUCUGCAAACUUGAGCAUUUGCCAAGAUGGAGUUCUUGUUGAUGGGGAGGUAAAUCCAAGAAAGACAGAUUUGGUGAUAUUGGCUACUGGAUUCAGAGGUGACAAGAAGCUCAAAGAUAUAUUUUUGUCCUCCAUUUUUAAGGACAUUGUAUUUGGAUCACCUAAUGCAGCAAUGCCCCUCUACAGGGAAUGCAUACAUCCGAGAAUUCCACAGCUGGCAAUAAUUGGAUUCUCAGAGAGUGUAUCAAACUUGUACACCUCAGAGAUGAGAUGCAGGUGGCUAUCAGAGCUUCUUGAUGGAACAUUUAAGCUACCAAGUAUUAAAGAAAUGGAGAAGGACGUGAGAAAGUGGGACAAUUACAUGAAAGAAUACUCAGGCCAAUACUAUAGAAGAUCAUGUAUUGGUGCCCUUCAUAUUUGGUAUAAUGAUCAACUCUGCAAGGACAUGGGUUGGAAACCGAAAAGAAAGAAGAGCUUCUUUGCUGAACUAUUUGAGCCUUAUGGCCCUAUGGAUUAUGCAGUUCUCAAUUAAACUAACUGGUGUUAGAUUUUAUGAUACGAUAUAAUAUGGUUACAUACAUUUUAAACUAUUUAUUUUUUCUUAAAUGAAAAAAAAUUAAUUAUAAAUUUCAUUAUAUUAUUUUUAUU